AUGGCUAAGGGUCUCAAAGAUAAACGAUGUGAAUUAUCUUUAUUUGCUUAUAACCUUUCUAUAUCCACUAAUCUGUCAAAAUCUGGCUCCAAGGACACUCCCGCCCAUAAGCAAACCGUCGAAUGGUCGCCCAGGAUAAAGGUCACUCAAGGACUAUAUAAACUCCCGGUCGUUCAAAUGAGGGUAUCAGUCGCCAACCUAAACAACCAGUAUGAACUUUGUGAUUCUCGCCUGCGUGGCCGCCGUGGCCGUCGCCGCCCCCAGUACGCCUACGAGACACCCGCCCCGACCUACCUCGCCCCCGCCGCCUCCACCCGCGACCAGUCCGCUGAGCUGAUCGAGUUCGUUCCUAUCCUGAGGGACGACCGCGUCCACGAGGACGACGGAAGGUACAACCUCGACGUGGAGACUGCCAACGGCAUCUCCAUGUCCCAGUCCGGCUCUCCCGACGGUCCCGACGGCGCCAUCGUCAAGGCAGGACAGUACUCAUACACCGCCCCUGACGGUUCUCUGAUCGAGAUCAAGUUCGUGGCCAACGAGAACGGAUUCCAGCCCCAGGGCGCCCACCUGCCCGUGGCUCCCGAGUUCCCCCACCGAUCCCUCAGUUCGUCCUCGACCAGAUCGCCUUCGCCGCCGAGGAGGACGCCGCCCGUGAACGUGCUGAGGCUCAGGCUUCCGCCCCGCGCCCACCACGCUCUACGGCCAGCCUCAGUAGACUGACUGACGCGGAUAUUUAUUAUAUUUAUGAUGCUUGAAAAACGAAUAAAAGUAUUUC